AUGGCGGCGGUGCGGGCCGCGCUGCUGGCGCCGCUGCUGGCGCUGUGCCGGGCCGGGCCGGGGCCUGCGCCCGCCGCUCGGGUGGAGGUGGCGGUGACCGGGCCGGGGCCGGGCUCAGGCCCGGGGGAUGGCGCCGGCAGCGCGGCCGCGGGGCCCGGAGGCUCCUACACGCUGCGCGGUGCCGUGCUGGGAGCGGGGGGCGGCCGGGCCGGGCCGCGGGACGAGGAGGAGCAGGAGGAGAUCCGCGGGCGGCUGCUGCUGGUGGGGGAUGCGGAGCCCGAGCUGGGUGCUGCCGGCAGCUGGAUCGGGGUGGUGCCGGUGGGCGAGGAGCCGGCGGAGCUGCCCCGCGUUGCCCGUGAGGAGUCCUUCACCACCGCCGUCGUCAGCAAGAUGAAGCGAGCCCUGGUGCUGGGGGCAUCGGCCCUGCUCAUCCUGGCGCUGAACCAGAACGCCAUCCGGGAGCUGGACCUGUCCCAGCUCCUUGCCAAGCCCGUGAUCGUGAUCCAGUCCUCGGACAACGUCACCAGGCUGCUGGGAGCGCUGCUGCGGGGGCUCCGGGCGACAGCCAAGAUCACAUACCAGGCGGUGCUGCUGGAGAACCUGGGAGUGACCCUCACGCUGUGGUCAACCUGCGGCCUCUCCCGAGGGGGCCUCUACGGGGAGUGGCAGGGGGUCAUCUGCACCGGGGAGACCAGCUCACAGGUCCAGAAGUACCUGCAGCAGCUCUGGAACACCAUCCUGCUCAUCGCCCUGCUCCUCUGCACCGGUGUGAUCGUGCAGGCCCAGCGGCAGUCGCGGCAGGACCCGUCGGAGCGGGAUGCUGAGCUGGACCUGAAGCAGCUCAUCCACCGGCGGCUCUCGGCGCUGAAAACACGGCGCUACCACCCCGGUAGAGCGCUGCGGAGCCGCGCCUGCGAGAUCGAUAGCUGUGCCGUGUGCUUGGACCAGUUCCACAAGAGCCAGUGGCUGCGGGUGCUGCCGUGCUGCCAUGAGUUCCACCGGGACUGCGUGGACCCCUGGCUCCUGCUGCAGCAGACCUGCCCCCUCUGCAAGCGCAACAUCCUGGGGAACUGCUGCCCGGAGAGCUAGCUGCCUGGUGGCUGUGCUCCAGAGACGGACCCAUGGGUGCUGUGGGGAAGGGCAGGGGGUGCUCGGGCAGCAGUCCUCACUGCUGGCACGGGUUCAGCGCCCAUCACACCCCAAAGGAGGAUCCGGGGGGGCUGUCCCAAAUGAACACGAG